UUAAGGUUAACUACAACUACUUCUUUUUACUACACAAGGUUAAGAUCUGUGCGUACAUAAACCAGCAUAUACAAAUAUGGAAAUAGUGUUAGUUAUUUCGUUUAUAAUACUCAUAUCUUUCGGUAUAGAGUGGCUACUUCGAAAACUAAGAGUCAAUAAGUUUGAGCAGCGAUAUGUCUUGGUGACCGGGUGUGAUACCGGGUUCGGGAAUAUGCUGGCUAAAAGACUUGAUGUGAUGCGGUUUCGUGCAUUCGCUGGAUGCUAUACGAAUAAUGCUGUAACAGAACUGACAGAAGAAUGUUCCGAAAACUUGACAGCGAUCCAAGUUGAUGUCUCAAGUCCGACAAGUAUUGACAAAAUGGUUGAAACGAUCAAAAACAAAUUACCUACAGAUAAAGGUCUUUGGGCCGUUGUGAACAAUGCCGGGGUUACUGGGACUGCGGGACAAUGCACUUGGCAGACUAAAGAAGAUUUUGAAAAUGUUUUGUCUGUCAAUUUCUAUGGCGUUGCUUUGGUAACGAACGCAUUAACACCGCUUAUAAUUAAAGAAAAAGGACGGAUUAUAAAUACCUCCAGUAUGAUGGGGCGUAUUGCAUUUGGUCAAGUAACUUAUGUUGUGUCGAAAUAUUGUGUUGAAGCAUAUUCGGACGUCCUCAGGAGGGAAUUAUAUAGAACUGGGGUGAAAGUAUGUAUAGUUGAACCAGGCGCCUUCAAAACAGGAAUAAUCGACCCAAAGGGUCAGCAGAAAAGACUUGAAGACAAGGUGAAAAACUUGCCUGAAGAAAUCAAAAAGACACUCCGGGAUGAUUACAUUAACCAAUGUAUGACCAAUUUCAUCAAAGCUACAUCCAAAGCCUCGGUUAAUGUGAAUGAGGUGGUGGAAGCCUAUGAGCACGCACUUACUGCCAAGUAUCCUAAGAAAAGGUAGGAAAGGUUUUUAUUACAUGCUUUUCGGUGGUUUAUAGAAAUAUAUCAGUGAUAUAAAACUGGUAAUUUCACUGUUUGAAACAGUGAAAUUACCACUUUGAUAAUUUCACUGUUUUGAAUUUAAGCCCCUUACGUUGUUUCAGUGAAAUACCAGCGUGCACAGUACUGGGUACCAACUUAAUGACGUGACGUCGUAAAUGACGUCACGUUGUAUUAUUAUUUGGCGCGCUUUUCAUUCAGUAUUAGGCUUAAUGUCUUUUUAAAACGUUUCUUUGCAUGUAAUAAAAAGAAAAUUUGUUUAGUUUAGUGUAAGAUCGAAAUAUAGUUCACCUUGUGAACACCAAAAGUUCAUAUUUCACUCGUGGCUGCGCCACUCGUGAAAUAUACCUUUUGGUGCUCACUCGGUGAAAUAUAUUCCGAUCUUACACUGAACUAAACAAAUAUCCU